AUGAGUAAAAAGGACGGGUAUCCAAAGAAGGGUCAGAGCGACCCGGAAAAGAGGAAACAGUUACUGAAUCAAACCUCCUCUUCUGGCUUUACAGACUCCGCGUCCAAGGCGUCAGGAGAGCAAGACCACUCGGCGACUCCCCGGGGCUGGCGGUCAGCAGCCCCAGCCCAGGACCCGGGCCAAGCCGGCCGCGGGGAACACCCUCCUCCCGGUACCCUAGCCGGCCACAGCAGCUUCGGAAGCCCAGCAGCCGCGGCCGAUCAGCUGAGACCCGCCCGGCCGACGCUCCUCGCGCCGCCCGGCCCCCCGGAACGCGGGCCCCGGCCCCGGGGGGCGGAGAGGGCGGGAGCAGCGGAGCGCUCUGCCUGGGGGGCCCCGGCUGCCUCCGCGUCGUCCCCUGAGCCGAGGCUCCGCUCUGCGGGACGAUCCCCCCCCCUUUACCCCCCUGGCUACUCCCCAGUCGCAGAGGAGGGACUCCGGGGGAUGGGCCCCUUGACGUUGCCCUCCCACACGAAAAGCCCCCUGCCCGGCAGAGAAACAGCUGCGACAGGCCCGGGAGCUGGAAAGGUGCUCUGCGGCCCGCCGCCGCCGCCGCCGCUGCUGGGGAGGGGUGUUGUUUCCCUCACACAGGAGGAUCCGCUGAAGCAGCCGCCGCCAUUUUGA